CCGCUGCUCUUCCCGGGGCCGGGAGGAUCCAUGGGCUGUGCCACCCCGGGGGUCCCUGCUCCCUGACCCCGCAGCCGGGCAGGUUGUUUGAUGGUGUGUUCUGGUGUUAGAAAUGCAGUGUUUGCUUCGGUUCACGUCUAUCUAUCUCUAUUUUAGCGUUAGGAAGAGGUAGUUUGUUUGACCACGUAUGUGUUAGGAAGAUAUAGUUUGUUUGACCACAUAUAUAUUAGGUUUGUUGACCACAUAUAUAUAUAUAUUAGUGUUAGGAAUAUAAUUGUUUGAGAGAAGUGAGAUAUCUACACAUUCCAGUGACACCAGGAGGGGUUUAUGGGCCAAGAAACUGAGGGACUGAAUUGGGCUCCAUCUGGGGGAUCUGGACAUGGAGCAGGAUUGAUGGCCCAAGAUAAGGAUGAACAAAGCUACUUCUAUGUUGCUCCUCAGGGCAGGAUGGCACCGGGAGCUUGUUAAUUGGGAAGGCAGCCAAGGGGGCAAGAAAGGUCAACAUUUUGCCUUAAAAGCUUGAUUAAAAGAUGAGUGAAACAGCCUAACAGAAACCUGGAUAAAGAGCCAUGGCAAGCUCAGUGAAAGGAAGCAGUGGCUGCUCUCCUGAUUCAACAGUCUCUUCUCUUUUGAGAAGCUGUGGCAUUGACAGCAGUCAUCCAGGCUCAAGCAGUUGGAUUCACUACAAGGGCAAGCUUUACAGCUCUGCAUCCGAGGCUUUGGAGGCUUAUAUUGAAGAUUAUAAUUUGAGUCUCACAUCCCCAGGAGUAAGCACUGGAAAAAUCUGCCUAUGUCAAAGCACUCCCAAGCAAGUCAAGUUUUCAAAACAUCAUGCCAAAGAAAAACACGCACUGGGAGAUUUUAAUCAGCAAAGAGGACUGGGCCUUCUUGCCUCACCCUGUGGAGGGCAGGCUGAGUGUGACCCAGACUUGGUUAGUCUUACAACAGAUGAUCUGUUAGGGUUUCCAGAGGAUGGGUCGCUGCCCUUGGUCCAGAGUCCUUCUCAACCAAAGCAUCCCAGCAGUGGCUGGAACAGAUGGAGCAGUGGAACACUUCAGCCAUCUUUCUGCCCUCACCAGACCUCAUCUCUCAAUCCUGAAAGCCCCUCCAGUCCUCAGAAGAAUGGGAAAGCUGCUGCUCACCAGGAUCCACACAGAGAUUUGAAGAAAUGGAAUCUCUCUACUCCUGAUGGGUACGAUCCUGUCUCUAGAGGAAGCCCAAGAGCCUUGUCUUUGGAAGAGAACUCCAACACUGUGCAUCUGAAGAAUUAUCCUGGGUGGCUCAGCAGUCACAAGUCUGACUUCAGUGUAUCAGGGAUGAGCAGUAUCCCCAAGAUGCACUUCCCAGUCUGGCUCCAGAAAGAAGGACCCUCUGUAGACAAAGACAAUGUUGAUUUUCUUGACCCAAGUGCUUUCCUGGAUCUGAGAGGUGACAACCAAGUAGAAGAAAGUGGCAACUAUGCCAGCCCAGAUGCAUGCUGCCCAUUUGAUACCUCGUUUUUGAGAGGCACUAAAAAGCCCUUCAGAGAAGGGCAGCUUGGGCUGCUUCCCUUGAAGGCUGACAUGGGUCUGGAGAGUUCAGCUGAAGAGCUGGCAAAGAAUCUGGAGCCUGAUGGCAGCUCCUCCACCACAGAGACACUAGAAACUGAAAGAUCAUGGGAAAAGGCUCCAGCUGCUGUCAAACCACCAGUGCCUGGGUGCUGUGAGGACAUGGAGAAUGCUCUCUCAUUCCCCAAGGCAGAAAUCAUACAUCAGUUCCUGGAAGACUGUUUACGUGACAAAAACAAGGAACAGACUUUUUGUGGAGAUCAUCACGACAGGCCCCUGGAAGCUUUGAAGUUCAUGCUGUUUAAACUCCAAGCAAUUCAGGGAAGCUUAAGCCAGAAUGAAACUGCUGAGCCAAAGGAAGAGUUUGAAAAAGCACCUUAACAACGAGCGCUGCCAGCAGCUUCAAUCCGGUUUGCAACAGGAGCAUGUGCCAGAGGUCUCCGUGCCCCGAGCCUGCAGGGAAUUGAUGCUGCAGCCCCUGUCGCAGGGCACCAGCUCGGCAGUUCCCCUGCUGCAGAAAGGGCUGUCGUGAGCCAGGAGAUGGCGACAUUUCAGGCAGCCGUGCCCGAGGGGAGCAGGCUGUGCUCUCCUCUGCUGCUCCAGCCCUCGCUGUGCUCGGGAAAAAGUUGCCUGCUGGUGAUAGCCCUGCUAAUUUUAGGCUUUCAGGGGCAGGUACCAAACUUGCACAAAGCCAACCUUUCUCACAUUCUCCGUGGUUGCAUCCUUGGGCAUCAGUGAGUUGGUAUUUUAUGGCAAUUUUGUUUCCAAAUGAUUUCAGAGACUUUAUUGUCUCUUUUUACCUUUUUCAUAAUGUUGCAGUGCUCAAUGUGUGUAUAUCCCUGGCUAGGGAGCUGCCCUGGUGAACAUGCCCAAGAGGUCUUGGUGGGUACAAGCUGAACAUGAGCCACUUGUGUGCCCUGGCAACAAGGCAGGAACCUGGGCUAUGAGGACAGGAGCAGUCUGGAUGGAUCAAGAGGAAUUAUUGUCCCUCUGUGUCCCUCAGCACUUAUUAGACCAUAUCUAAAAGACUGCAUCCAGAAUUUGGCCCCUCAUUUGAGGACAAACAUCAAUAAGCUGGUGGAGGGGCACCAAGGUGGGGCUACAGCAUUUGUCUACUGGGGGAGCUGAGGGAACUGGGCUUGUUCAGGCUGGAGAGAAGGAAGUUUUUGGGGACCUAAAAGAAAUCUUCCUGCACUUAUGAGGAGGGCAUCAAGAAGAUGGAGCCAAGAUCUUGAAGUGGUGUGUGGUGGCAGGAUGAGAAACAGGCAGAAAUGGAACCAAGGGGUUCCCACUGGACCUGGGGAGGAACUACCCCUGAGCACAGCCAAGCACUGGAACAAGCUGUGCAAGAGCUUGUGCAAUCUCUGUCCUUGGAGCUUUUCAAGACUUGACUGGAAGCCCUGAGCAACCUGCUGUAACCUCACAGCUGCUUCUGCUUUGGGCAGGAACCCACCUCCCCAGGUCCCUCCCAGCCUCGAUUACUUUAUGAUGCUAUAAAGUUGUUGACAAUAUUUUCCAAAGCAACAUGUCAUCAGUAAUUCACUGGUUUCUGUCAUCCCCAGCUGCUGUCCCUUCCUUCAGUUAAUAUUUUUGGAUGUUGUUUGUUUGUUUGUUUUAAGCUUUCUGAAAAAGCAGAGGGUGAAUUAAAGCUGUGGCAGUGAGAUAAUCCCUCUUGCUAAUUCUGUUCAGAAGUAAGUGACCACUGUUGGGUGGUUUUUUUUGUAUUUUUAACUCUUUUCAGAAGGUGCAAAAAAAGGAAAAACAGAUGAGCUGAGAGAUUUGUCAUGUGCUCUGAAAACUUUGCUAAGAACAAGUCAUAAUAAUAAUGAUGAUGAUAAUUAAAAACAUGGCAGUUCAUGGAGAAGACAAAUACCCAGUGAAUGGUUGUAGAGCUGUACCCUAUAAAUAAACAUUUGU